AUGGCGACAGCAACAAAUGGUAUCCCUGAUGCCGACUUGGUGCAGAUUUCCCCAGCUGGUCAUACUCACCCUGAAGCAAUACGAUCUAAUGAUGAGAUGAUCGACGAGAAGUGCGACCCUGACUCCAUAUCUCAAGGCUCUGACGACUCUCCCGUGAUAGAAGGCAAAGAUGAGGAAUCACAUGUUCGCACUACCUUUUCAGAGGAAGAGAAAGAGGGUCCGAUAGUGGUACCUAGAUUGAAACGAAGGGGACUUUUCGGUCAGCUCUCGUUGCUGGCUGAAGUUGAGAACCCCAAGGUAUAUCCGCGGAAGACCAAAUGGUUUAUCACAUUCGUGGUAGCAGUGGCAGGAGCCGCAGCUCCAAUGGGUAGCUCAAUCUUCUUUCCCUCCCUUUCCCAAGUAUCAAUGGAACUGGGAACCUCAACAACCAUAACAAAUUUAUCAAUCUCCCUAUACAUGCUUAGUAUGUCGAUCUUCCCACUGUGGUGGUCAUCUUUUAGCGAAAGAUUGGGACGACGAACGAUAUACCUCGUUUCCUUCAGCCUCUUCGUCGUUUUCAACUCUCUCUGCGCCAUCUCUAGUUCAAUAGCUAUGCUCAUUGUACUGCGAAUGUUGAGUGGUGGUGCAUCUGCAUCAGUUCAGGCUGUUGGUGCAGGAACUAUUGCGGACCUUUGGGACCCCCAAGAAAGGGGACGUGCUAUGAAUAUCUUCUAUCUCGGUCCGCUAUGUGGACCUCUGUUAGCCCCAAUUGUAGGAGGUGCUUUAGCUGAACGCUGGGGAUGGCGAAGUACGCUUUGGUUUCUGGCCGCCUAUGGAGGGCUCACCGUGGUUUUCAUCUUUUUUGCCCUUCCAGAAACACUGGCAAACACGAAACUCCAGACACAGGAGGCAAAUAUCGAGCAAGAGGAAACUAUUAGGCGUCAAGUGAGUCGAGUAUCCUCUCGACAAGUCGUUCAGUUCACCACUAGGUGGUUGAAGGUCCUCAAGAUGGUGUUUCUUGACCCUUUGAAGAUCAUUCUUUACCUGCGCUAUCCUCCCGUUCUACUAACUGUAUACUACGCAAGUAUCACUUUUGGAUCUCUUUAUGUGCUAAAUGUCAGUGUUGAGCAUACAUUCAGCGCUAGUCCAUAUAAUUUCAGUACAAUCAUCGUUGGCCUGCUUUAUAUACCCAACUCGCUCGGAUAUGUUGUUGCUAGCACCUUCGGAGGCCGUUGGAUGGAUAGCAUCAUGCAACGGGAGGCAAAGAAAGCCAAAAGAUACGACGAACAUGGAAACUUGAUCUAUCGUCCCGAAGACCGGAUGCGUGAGAAUGCCUGGCUUGGCGCCAUGCUCUACCCUGCUGGACUGAUCUGGUAUGGAUGGUGCGCGGAUCGAGGCGUGUUUUGGCUAGCACCGAUGAUUGCCAAUUUCUUCUUCGGCGUCGGAUCAAUGCUCAUUUUCGGCAUGGCAACGACCAUGCUGACAGAGUUCAUGCCCAAGAAAUCCUCUGCAGGUGUCGCACUAAACAAUUUCAUGCGAAAUAUCUUCUCCUGCGUGGGCUCAGUUGUCACCGCCCCAAUCAUCGAUGCCAUUGGCAAUGGAUGGCUGUUCACCAUUCUCGGACUGGUCGCGUUUGCAAGCAGCUCCGUCCUCUUCGUGAUGAAAGUUUACGGGCCUCGAUGGAGGAAAUCGAUGGAUGCUCUGAGAACAUGA